AUGGAUCAACAACAACAACAAGAAACAUUUAAAAAGGAAAGGUUAAAAUUGUGGACACAAUCUUUACAAUCAAGGUUUGAAUUAAAUACAGAUAUAAAUAAUUCUAAAAAAUGGGUUGCCAUUCAACUUCAAAAUAAUAAUCAAAAUAAUCAAAAUAAUCAAAAUAAUAAUAAUGAUUCAAUCAUUAAAUACUGGAAAUCAAAUAGAGAUGAUUUAAAUAGUGUAAAUUCUAAAUUUGAAAUCAUAAUUGAAAAGAAUCCUAUCAAUGUAUCACACUUUAUAGCAGACCAAACAAAAUAUUGUUAUUGGAAUAGGUUAUUGACAGAUUGUAGUUUGGUUUGUGAUUUGAUUGAUUCUAGUUUGGCUAAAUCAUUCCAACACUCCGCAUUGAUGUAUGCAAAACCAUCGGUUAGAUUGCCAGGUAGAGAUGUAUGCUUUAUGAAAUAUAUAGGACCACAUCCUACAAUUGAAGAUGGGUUUGUGGUUAGUCUCAAAUCAGUAUCAACUCCUCUUUGUCCACCCACCGCAGAUAAUACUCGAAUGUCAAUAGACUAUGGAUUUUCAAUUGAACCUUUUAGUGACAAUGGAUUGGAAUAUUCACGAGUAACUAUUUGUCUUGGCAUUGACUUUAAAAAUGCUAAAGCCCAAGUUGGUCCUCUGGAUAAUUGGACAACUCAUUAUAUACAAGACUACCAAACACACUCAAUUCAAUUGGUUGAGAAAUUGAAAAUAUUCUCAGAGAUGGAAACCAACAAUCCAACACUAACCAUUCAACAACAAAAAAAUUCAAAAAAGAAAAAGAAACCUACAAACAAAGAACAACAAUCAACUAGUACACUCUCUCCUCCACCUCCACCACCUCUUCCAACAACAACAUCUUCAGAUUUAAAAUCAAUGAAAAAAAUCAUAUUUAUUGAUAAUAAUAAUAUAUUUCAUAAAAAGAAAAAGGCAGGUCAUAAAGGUCAAUUUUCAAAUGACAUCGAUGUAGAAGAGAUUGAUCAAUUUACAAGUUUUAAAAAGAUUUUUGAAAGUCCAUUUUUCUCAAUCAAUCCACACCAGAAAUGCCAAAAUAUUACAAAUUGGGUAAACUCCCCAGCAGCUGAGGAAUUUAUAAACUCUAAUCAAUCAAUCAAUCAAAAUAUAACUUAUAAAUCAACUAUUUAUCCUUUUCAAGAAAUGAAUAAUAUAUUUGGUUUUAAUCAUAUUAAUAAUAAUAUUAAUAAUAAUAAUUUAUUAACAUCAACAACAACUACUACUACUACAUCUUCUUCUUUCUUCUUCUUCUUCUACUACUACAACAAAUGA